AUGGAGACUGUCUCACCUGCGGCCCAUGAGCCGGCGAGUAUCCUUUCCUCAUUCCAGAGUCGCGAUGCGGGCGCUGCGGGUCGCGCCACGUACCCCACUAUCAGUACAUCCAACGAGCGCAUCAAAAGCGAGAACAAACUCUCGCAAGUCCACCAGCAGCCCUUACCUAAUUCGCAAGAGUCUUACGUUUCCACGUCGAGCAGUACCAGCGCGCCUCGGCUGCAAUCAUCCUUGAGCGAUCUCUCGAACCCGUCUAUACCAGAAACCGCACUGACCUCGCCAACCGCAUCGGAUCAUUCGCAGAGUCAAUCGGAGACUCCGCAGAAGAGCCAGCUGGCGGAGAAGCCAGCAAGCAGCGAGCGCCAAAAACAGCCUCGAGCUAGAACACCCAACAUUGAUAUUGCUGCGGCGAACGCGAAGCGUGACAGCGUAAACAGCACCCAAACGAGCCCGAUGUCCAUUGACACCCCAGGCCUGACCCAUGGCUCGAAAAGGACUGCCAGCGGACUGGUCAAGCCAGCGAUGCCUGACACCCCAGCAAGCCCAGUCACGGCGACGCCUUGCAAACACUCACGCACCACUAGCUUAGACUCGAAUAACGGACAUCGGAUCGGAGAGCUCUCCGCCCAACUGAAGACGCGACUAACGUACGCAAUGCUUAAAGUGCAGCACGGCUGGGAAAACCGGACCCUCGACGAGCUCGAAGUCGCAACCUCCCAGCACACCUCUCCCCUCCUCUCGACCCCCGGCGCCGGCCGCAGCCAGCACAACUCCGACUCCCCCCGCGCUCGCCUUCCGAGUGCUGUCUCCGACACCUCCGACCAGCCCUUCUUCUCACCAGGCAGCUACACCAGCCGGCGCUCGAGCGUCUCCCACGCACACAGCGGCGGCCCCUCCUACCACGCCAGCACCGCCCUCCACGCCGCCACCGGCACCCUCUACAGCCCUUCCUCAUCCGCCCCAGCGCUCGCCCCCGCGCCCGACUUCACGUCCGGCCCCCGCAGCCGGCGCUCAAAUCCCACGCGCGUCCCGCCCAUGCUCUCCUCGCUGCAAUACCCGACACCGCAGCCGAGCCGGCUGGCGGAGCCGCGCACCCCGACGUCGGUGCCGCGCCAGGGCAUCUUGCGCAUGCCCUCGCAGCAGGCCGAGAAGGACGCCGUGGAUAGUCUGCUCUUUAUGAGCAGUCCGCAGAACUCGGCGUAUUUGGCGCAUACGGCGAGUGCGCAGCCGAGUCCGCUGAGGACGGAGUUCGGGGGGAGGAGGGUGGUUUUCGAGGGGAGGGAGGGCGGGGAGGGGUUCAGGGGUGGGGGGCGGUGA